UUGGCGAAGAUUCGUGGUGAACGGAAGAAGGUUGCACGACUCCUGGAAAAGGAAGUUGAAAUUCAGAAAUUAUGGGAGAACGCAAAGGUGUUCGAGCAAGAUGCUAGCGAUGCGAAUUCAGCGAAGUACUUAACAACUUUUCCUUACCCGUACAUGAAUGGACGACUUCAUUUGGGUCACACGUUUACACUUUCGAAAUGUGAAUUCGCUGUGGGAUACCAGCGUCUCAUGGGAAAGAAAUGUUUGUUUCCUUUCGGCUUUCACUGUACUGGAAUGCCAAUAAGGGCGUGUGCUGACAAACUAAAACGUGAAAUGGAGAAUUUUGGUUACCCACCUAGAUUUCCGAUAGAGUACGAAGAGAUGCCGAAAGAGGACGUUUCAUCCAUUAAUGAGAUAACGAAGGAUAAGAGUAAGGGGAAGAAGAGCAAACUCGUUGCUAAAACGGAUUCAUCCAAAUAUCAAUGGCAAAUCAUGGAAUCCUUAGGCUUGACAGAUGAAGAGAUCAAGAAGUUUUCAAAUACAGACUACUGGCUCGAUUAUUUUCCUCCACUGUGCAUCUCGGAUUUAAAGCGAAUGGGAGUCAAAGUGGAUUGGCGCCGGUCUUUCAUAACAACUGAUGUCAAUCCAUACUACGAUUCAUUUGUACGAUGGCAGUUUGAGAAGUUGCGUGCCGCUAAGAAGAUUGAAUUUGGUAAAAGGUACACAAUUUAUUCACCUAAAGACGGACAACCUUGUAUGGAUCAUGAUCGUUCUACUGGUGAAGGUGUUUCACCCCAGGAAUACACGUUGAUUCAGUUACAGAUUCUCGAUCCCAAACCUGCAGUUAUCGCUCAUGUUACCCUGCCAGUAUACCUGGUGGCGGCAACACUGAGGCCAGAGACAAUGUAUGGCCAAACGAACUGUUACAUACAUCCUGAGAUUCAUUAUUCAGUAUUCUAUGCUGGUGAGAAGGAAGACGUCAUCUUCAUAGCCACUGCCAGAGCUGCUCGAAAUAUGUCGUACCAAGGCCUCACUGCUAAGAAUGGAGUCGUUCAGUAUGUGGAAGGGCUAGAGAAAGUUCCUGGAAGGGCAUUCCUUGGCGCGGCGCUAUCAGCACCUCUCACGACAUACCCUAAAGUUUAUGCUCUUCCAAUGCUUACGAUUAAGGAUGACAAAGGUACUGGAGUUGUAACAUCAGUUCCUUCCGACUCUCCAGAUGAUUUUGCUGCGCUAGCAGAUCUGAAAAAGAAGAAACCUUUGCGUGAAAAGUAUGGAAUUACUGAUGACAUGGUGCUUCCCUUCGAACCUGUACCAAUUAUUGAAAUCAAAGGUCUCGGCAAUCUAGCAGCCGUCGAGAUGUGUCAUCGUUUGAAUAUUGAGUCUCAAAACGAGAAAGAUAAACUAGAAGAAGCGAAGAAAGAAGUUUACCUGAAAGGAUUUUACGAUGGUGUAAUGUUGGUAGGGAAGUAUGUUGGACAAAAGACAGCUGAUGUCAAGAAGAAGAUUCAAGAAGAAUUGUUACAAGAAGGACUCGCUAAAAAGUAUGUUGAACCGGAAAAGAAAGUCAUAAGUCGAAGCGGUGAUGAAUGUGUUGUAGCACUCUGUGAUCAGUGGUACCUCAAUUAUGGCCAACAAGAGUGGAAAGCUGCAGCGAAAGAAGCACUAGCCCAACUGAAUACGUAUAACGAGGAGGUUCGACGAAACUUUGAAGCGACGGUAGAUUGGCUUCAUGAGCAUGCCUGCUCGAGAAGCUAUGGGCUUGGAACAAAACUUCCAUGGGAUCCACAGUAUCUUAUAGAGUCACUGUCAGACUCGACUAUUUACAAUGCCUAUUAUACUGUGGCUCAUCUUCUACAGCAAGGAUCUUUGGAUGGUAGCGUUGUUGGUCCAGCAGGAAUACGAGCCGAGCAAUUAACGGAAGCUGUAUGGGAUUAUGUGUUUCUUGGAACGUCAUUCAAUGAAGCGACCAUAGUUAUACCUGAAGAAAAACUUAGAGCUCUUCGUAAAGAGUUCUUGUAUUGGUAUCCUAUAGAUAUGCGAGCCUCUGGAAAAGAUCUGAUACAAAACCACCUCACCUAUCUUUUGUUCAAUCAUGUUGCUAUAUGGCCAAAUCAGCGAGAAUUGUGGCCAAAAAGUAUUCGAGCAAAUGGGCAUCUGUUACUUAACAAUGAUAAGAUGUCGAAGAACACUGGAAAUUUCAUGACACUUAUCGAUGGAAUUGAAACAUUUUCUGCUGAUGGAAUGCGCCUUUCUCUCGCGGAUGCUGGAGAUGCAAUUGAAGAUGCCAACUUUGUUUUCGCUAUGGCAGAUGCAGCAGUACUUCGUUUAUACAAUCUCAUUGAUUGGGUGAAGGAAAUGAGAUCAAGGUGGUCUGAGAAAAGCGAACAUAUUUGGCAGAUUCUUGGCAAGGACGAUCUUAUUGUAAAUUCAAAGUGGCCGGAAACCGUAUCAGUGGAUGAGACGCUUUGUAAGGCAGCGGACUUUAUGCGCGAAGUCCUAACAGAUUUUCGUGCACGUAUUAAAAAUGUAAUGAGUUCCAAGAAGAAAAACGCUUUUGCGGUGCAACCGACCGAAGCUGUGAUUUAUGUGGCAAAGGAGUUUCCUACAUGGCAGAAAACUGUGCUGGAAAUGUUGGAGAAACAAGCAAAGGAAAAUAAUGGAGUACUUCCGGACAACAAGACCAUCGCACACUUCAUAGGUAGCGAGUCAUCAUUGAAGAAAUUUGCUAAGAAAGCUAUGCCUUUUGUACAGAUGGUUAAAGAGCAGUAUGAGCAAAAAGGACCAGUUGCUCUUGCGUCAGCAUGUCCAUUUGACCAGGCUGCUAUUCUACUUGAAAAUCGUGAGUAUAUCGAAAAUUCCUUGGAAUUAGAUCGUUUUUCCAUCAAAUACACGGAUGAGAUCGAUGUUGCACCAAUAAUUUCCGAAACAGUUGUACCUGGAUCGCCACUGAUGCACUUCUUGCCUCCAAAGGAAACCAUUAAUUUGGUUGCGCGCAACGUGAAUGUUGCGAAUGGUCUUUUCGAUAUCACUGUCCCCGUUGCAAACGGUGAUUCGGUGGCAGUUGUAGUUCGUAAACUUCGUCGUCUGAACAAGUCAAUCAAACCGCGAUUUACUGUAACGUUAUGGCGCUAUCGAGAUUCGAUUGGAGGCGACAGGACGUUAAUUAAUAGCAACGAACCGUUGACGAUAAACGAGCGACUUGAAGAGCAUGGUGAGUGA